CCAGGUGCACCGGCGUAGGAGGCCCUUGUUCUCCACUCCCUCUGCCUCCCGGGCGGUGGAAACUGCUAGGCCUGCGGCGGGCUCGCUUCCAUCCUGACCUCGGUGUCGGUCAGGAAGACGCCGCCGCCACUGAAGAGCGAAGGGGAACACCAUGCAGAUUCUGGGCGUCAGAAAUUUGUGAGUGGCUUAGCAAGGCGGCUCUGGCUCCAAGUCAGAGUAAAUGAGGACAGCUGAGACAUCAGCGGGGCUGCAGGAUCUGCCUCCAACAUGGCUCCCUCACGUGACUCUGCAGGAGGCCUCAAUUUCCCCACCACUUGGACUUUUCAAUAGGGCUUUUCUAUGGAUCCAAAUGAAGAUACAGAAUGGAAUGAAAUUUUAAGAGAUUUUGGCAUUCUUCCUCCAAAAGAAGAGCCAAAAGAUGAAAUUGAAGAAAUGGUUUUACGUUUACAGGAAGAAGCAAUGGUUAAACCAUAUGAAAAGAUGACUCUUGCACAGUUGAAGGAAGCUGAAGAUGAAUUUGAUGAAGAAGAUAUGAGAGCUAUUGAAGUGUAUAGAGAAAAGCGGUUACAGGAAUGGAAAGCUCUUCAGAAAAAACAAAAAUUUGGGGAAUUAAGAGAAAUUUCUGGAAAUCAGUAUGUGAAUGAAGUCACAAAUGCAGAAAAAGAUGUGUCGGUUAUAAUUCAUUUAUACAGAUCAUGCAUCCCAAUGUGUUUGUUGGUUAACCAGCAUCUUAGUCUCCUAGCAAGAAAGUUUCCAGAAACUAAAUUUGUUAAAGCCAUCGUGAAUAGUUGUAUUCAACAUUACCAUGAUAAUUGUUUACCAACAAUUUUUGUUUACAAAAAUGGUCAAAUAGAAGGCAAAUUCAUUGGAAUUAUAGAAUGUGGAGGGAUAAAUCUCAAGCUAGAAGAACUUGAAUGGAAACUAGCAGAAGUUGGAGCAAUACAGACUGAUUUAGAAGAAAACCCCAAAAAAGGCAUUGUAGAUGUGAUGGUAUCUUCAAUUAGAAACACUUCUCUUUAUGAUGACACUAAUAGUUCAAGCAGUGAUGAUGAUACCAAAUAGAAAUAUUUAAUAAAUAGCUUCAAACUAUUUA